AUGAUACGUAAGGGAUAUAAAGCGAAGGAGUAUCUGGACGUCGGUGGUGGUGGUGAUGGUGAUGGUGGGAUUCCAGCGCACGAUAUUCGGGAUGGUGUGAUCAUAGAGUCUCAUCUCUCAGACAAAAAGGGAGCAAAUGAUUACUACGAUGGAGUCAAUCGGAUUGCUCUAUCACACAACUACAGCAAACAAUUGUAUGCAUUCUUUUCAUAAGGGAUUCAACGAAAUGAGCGUCCCUAUCCCGAUGUGAUAGUUGACCUGACUAUGAUGCUCUGGACAAAAUGCAAACUGUAUUUUCUGGCAAGAAGCUUGGAUGUGGGAUUCUUCACUGUGGAUUCAUCGGAAUGUUCAUUCAAAUCAAGUUACUCCGUGAAAGAACGGGUCAUGGUUCCUUCGAUUCGACAUCCUAAAUAUGCGCCUGUAGUGGUGUUCAACGCAUUCGCGAGUGCAAUGCAACCAAAUUCUACAUAUGACACAUUAUUCAUACUUGAUAAUCAGACAAGCGAUGCUGCCGCGAACCCAGUGACGCGUCAUGCACAAUUCUUGGAAAGUGUCAAACGCGUACGUGACUCCAUGUUUCAUGUGAAUGAAAUCAAAGAACCCCCAUUUACUGUCAAAACUGAAAGCGGUUGGACCGGUUUCACUAUCGAGGUUUUUGAGAACAUUGCAAAGAAGCUUAAUUUGCGUUUCCUAUAUGAAGAACAACCUAGACCGGAAAAUGUGACAAGGGAUCCCACGUGGGACUGGACCGGGAUAAUUGAAAGAUUGCAUACCAAGACCGCAGACAUCGGACUCGGACCGAUAAUGAGUACUGAUGAACGGAGAAAACUGGCCGAUUUCACCAUUCCGUACAGUGAAACCUCGGGAAUCUCGAUGAUAACUUUGAAAAAGAAACAACAUGAUAUCGCCAAGACAUAUUUUAUCGAUGCAUUCACAGUGUAUGUCUGGGUCAGUGUGGGUGCAAUCAUACUGGUCUCCUCCUUUUUCCUUUGGGUCGCCUCGGAGAAGACCCCGUAUGUUCUGCAAAAAAGGGAGCAGCAAACAAACGGAAAACCGUUUUCCCGAAUUGGGUUUGGUGAUGCGGUGUGGCUGUUGGCGAGCUCGGCAUUUGGACAAGGAGAAUCUGUUGAUCCGUGCAACCUAUCAGGAAAAUUUGUCGCCGGAGGAUUGAUGGUUUUUAUCUUCUACCUGUAUCAGCUUUUCAUUGUGAGUCUAAUCGCCCGGAUGGCCGUGAGCAGUAAAACUGUUAACACAGUGAGCGUGACCUCGUUGGUUUAUAAUUCAGAUGCCAAGCAUUAUGCCACGGCCUACAAUCGGAUGAACCAGUGGGGUAUGACUGAGAGCCAUACGCAGUCACUUGCCUUGGUACGUCAAGGCUGGAUCGUGUUCAUGGAGACUUUGUUUGCCGAGUAUUACGUGUCUCAGGCAUGUGAUCUUCAAAUGAUUGACGCCGGUUUUGGCAGUUGGAAUUUCGGUUUCCUACUUCAACGAAACUCACCGCUGACCUCUGUGUUUGACGAAGCGUAA